GAUUUGAUUUUCAUUUGGAAGGUAUGGAAUCAAGGUUUUGAUUUUGGCAUUCAAAUCUCAGAUUUUGGGAUAUAAUUUCAAAAUCGCAUCACAUUUAGGGCUAAAAAUAAUUUCAAACCCUAGCCUUCAAAUUUGUUACGUUUUUCCCGUUUCUUCGGUUAAGUGGAAGAUCCGUGAAGAUUAGACCUUCCACUUGAAAUUUGUUUCCAUAGACGUCUUGUAUAAUCUUUGGAAGGAUUGUAGUCACGUAAGCUGAUUGAUAGCCGAUUCGAAUCUAUUUGUAAAAAAAAGGACAAAAAUCAAUGGGGAAAGAUUUAUUGGUAUCUCUAGAUGUGGAUGUAGAGGAAGGUGAAAUAUCCGAUUCAGCCUCUAUUGAAGAGAUCAGUGCAGAUGAUUUUUCUAAGUCGUCGGCAAUUGGGACGGAGAUUGCUGCUUCUAAGAAUGCAGCCGUUGACGAUUCCAAGCAGCAACAGCAGCAUCAGAAAGUUUGGACGAUGCAGGAUCUGUUAAAGUAUCAGAAUAAGUAUCAGAUUUCUAGAAAUUACGCACCUGGGUUGUAUAAUUUUGCCUGGGCACAGGCUGUUCAGAAUAAACCUCUUGAUGAUUAUCUAACAACCAUGAACACUAGUACUACCACUGAUAACAACUUGAAGCAGCCCUUGUUGAAUGACGUUGGUAAUAAUAAUAUUGAGGUGAAGGAGGAAGAGAUGGUAAACAAUGAUUAUAUGAGCAUGGACGACGCUAGCGAGAAGGAGGAAGGGGAACUGGAGGAGGGUGAAAUUGAUUUGGAUAUGGAGGUUGUCCAGUCUAGUAAACAAGGAGAAGGAGAAGAGGAUAAUGUAGAGAAGUGCAUUAGUGUAAUUCGUCUUGGGUUGGAGGGUAUAACUGUGAGUGAUGCAAAGAAAUCAUAUGGUGGAGUCUGUUCCAGACUUGGGGACUUGCUGGACAGCUUGUCAAAAAUGCUUAUUGAAAAUUCCAUCUCCAUCAAAGAUGAUUUGGUUCAGCUGGCAUUUUCUGCUAUCCAGCUUGUUAAUUCAGUGUUUUGCUCCAUGAGCCAAAAUCAAAAGGAGCAGAGUAGGCGCUUAUUAUCAAGGGUGCUGACUAAUGUGAAAAGCCACAUGCCUGCUAUUUUCUCACCUGAACAAUUGAAAGAGGUAGAUAUAAUGCUUCUGUCAUGUAACUCUAAUGUUGUUUGUUCAAGUGCCAAGGACUAUAAGGAAGGAUAUAUACCGAUUACUCACUCGGUGAAUCAGAAGGAUUUUGUUUUCUCAGCCAUGAUAGCUAAUCAGGAAGUGGCUUCUCCAAGUGAGGACUCUGUCUUGGAUGCCAUGCCGGUUGGAACCUCAGAUCAAAAUCCCAAACAAUCUGAGUCGUUGAAAAUGCAAACAUCUACUUCCAAGAACAGAGUAUUGCUUCCUCUUCUUGACCUUCAUAAGGAUCAUGAUGUGGACAGUCUUCCAUCACCAACACGUGAUACUACACAUGCUUUACCUCUAGGUAAAGCACUCUUUGUUGGGGAUGCAGCAAUAAGACCAGAGUGGCCUGCUCCUCGGGGACUUCUUGGAACACAAAAUGCGGUAGUACAUCGUUAUGAAACUGAUGCUCUCAAAGCGGUUUCUACUUAUCAACUGAAAUUUGGACGAAGUUCAUUUUUGUCAAAUGAUCUACCAAGUCCAACCCCUUCUGAAGAAAGUGGUGAUGCAGGUGGUGAUUGUAGUGGAGAGGUUUCCAGCUUCUCAGCAGUUCAGAAUGCAAACUCUGUAACAGAGGCUGUUUCAGAACGAAGAGAUACUUUUAGCAUUCCCCAUGUAGAAAGACCUAAUGUGCAAUUAUUUACAAAUGCUAAGAGUGCUGCCCCUGUGUAUUCCACAUCUAGUUCUGUGAUGAGAGUUCCAAACAAAACAAGAGACCCUAGACUCCGAUUAGCCAAUACUGAAAGCUCUUUAGAUUACACCCAAGGCACUUUACCUUUGUCCAGUAAACAAUCUGCAAUGGAACCACUUGAUGGAUUGCCUGGUUCAAGGAAACAGAAGACUUUUGAUGAGUCUGUGCUGAUAGAUGGUCCUGCACCAAAAAGGCUAAAAAGCGAAUUUGCAGAUUCUUCCAACCCUAGGGAUAAUGCAACUGUCUCACAAACUGGUGGUCGGUUGGAGGAUAGAGUUUCAUUAGGGAUGCAGGUAUCAAAUAGAACAGGAAAUGUAACAAGUGAGGCCCGAGGCUUAGAAAAUGCUGUAACAACCUCUGCUUUGCUCAAUACCAGUAGUGGGAGCAUGCAUAUUCCUGCUACAGGGGUUACUCCCACCUCGGCAUCCUUGCAAUCAAUUCUGAAGGAUAUUGCAGUGAAUCCUGCAACAUGGAUGAAUAUAAUUAAUAUGGAACAACAGAAAUCAGUUGAUCCUGCAAAGUACGUGACACAAUCUCUAAGCCAAAAUUCUUUUCAGGCAUCGAUGCCAAUGACUACAGUUGCUUCUCAACCAUUGGUGCUUGGGCAGAGGUCAACAGCUGAUAUGCAAACACCGCAUCCAGCUGCAACGGAUGACUCUGGCAAAGUACGAAUGAAACCUCGUGAUCCUCGCCGUGCUCUGCACAGUAAAUCAUUACAAAAGCCAGGUUUUGUGGGUCCUGAUCAACCGGUUACCAAUUUAUCAACUGCCGAAGGGACUAAGGGGAACCCCAAGCAAGCAGAUCCAAAAGUUCUAUCAUCCCAACCUCUCUCAGCACCGGAUAUUGCCUGGCAAUUCACCAAGAAUUUGAAAAAUAUUGCGGAUAUUGUGUCUGUGUCCCAGACAACUGCAAGUGCCUCUGUUCAAACGCCUUCAUCACAGCCUGCACAGGUCCAUCCAAGUUUUGUGAAUAUGAAAGGGCCACCUGCACAGCCAGGCCACCUUCAGAAUGGGAUUGGGAAGACAUCUGAAGAAGCUCCUUCGACCCCCUCCCAACCACAGAAUGCUUGGGGGGAUGUUGAGCAAUAUUUUGGACGGUUUGAUGACCAGCAGCGGGCUGCCAUUCAGAGGGAGAGGUCAAAAAGAAUGGAAGAACAGAAAAAGAUGUUUGCAGACCACAAGCUAUGUCUUGUGUUGGAUCUAGAUCACACCCUUCUGAAUUCAGCUAAGUUUUCUGAAAUUGAACCAAUGCAUGAUGAGAUGUUGAAAAAGAAAGAAGAACAGGACCGUGAGAAGCCACAUAGGCAUCUCUUUAGAUUUCCGCACAUGGGUAUGUGGACCAAACUGCGGCCUGGGAUAUGGAACUUCUUAGAGAAGGCCAGUAAGCUUUAUGAGCUUCAUUUAUAUACAAUGGGAAACAAACUAUAUGCUACAGAGAUGGCCAAAGUGCUUGAUCCAAAAGGAGUUCUAUUCAAUGGACGAGUUAUCUCGAGGGGUGAUGAUGGUGAUAGUGUUGAUGGAGAUCCCAAGAGUAAGGACUUGGAAGGGGUUUUGGGUAUGGAGUCAGCAGUUGUAAUUAUAGACGAUUCUAUAAGAGUCUGGCCUCAUAACAAGCUUAACUUAAUAGUCGUAGAAAGAUAUAUAUAUUUUCCAUGUAGUAGGCGCCAGUUUGGGCUUCCAGGUCCGUCGCUUCUAGAGAUUGAUCAUGAUGAGAGGCCGGAGGACGGAACAUUGGCAUCUUCUUUGGCGGUUAUCGAGAAAAUACAUCGAAACUUUUUCUUGCAACAAUCUUUAGAUGAUGCCGAUGUUAGAAAUAUACUAGCAUCCGAGCAGAGAAAGAUUUUAGGUGGGUGUCGUAUUGUAUUCAGCAGGGUGUUCCCUGUGGGUGAAGCCAGUCCUCACUUGCAUCCGUUAUGGCAAACUGCCGAACAAUUUGGUGCGGUAUGCACCAAUCAAAUAGAUGAACAGGUCACCCAUGUGGUUGCCAAUUCUCUUGGGACUGAUAAGGUUAAUUGGGCCCUUUCUACAGGAAGAUUUGUGGUGCAUCCUGGCUGGGUGGAAGCUUCAGCCUUACUUUACCGGAGAGCCAAUGAGCAUGAUUUUGGUGUCAAACCUUGAACAUGUCCUCCAUUUACUUUUUGGGAAAUGAUAUUGGGCCUGCCCCCCUUAAAGUAAAAAACGAGGAUGACUUCAUA